AUGGAAAGAUACUACUCAUGCAUUAACUUUCCAUUACUACUUCUCAACCCAUGCCUUAAAAAUCUGCAUUAUAAGUCUGGCUGUUUAUGCAAGGCAUUCAAGUUUAUUCCGAGUAGACCAGAGGAGUUUGGUGAAUUCUGGCUACCAAAGAGACGCGACUUUGACGCCGCCGCCUACCGGGCAAUGUGUCGCUGCAAGCACAACCACGAAAAGCACCAUGCCCACCCGCCGCCAUUCCGUUGUAAAGCGCCCAAUUGCCGAUGCCCGUCUUUUGAGUCGGUUUCCGCCUGCGUUGCCUGCGACCUUCCUUGGACUCGGCAUGAAACCUUUCUUGAGACGGAGCAAGAGCGCAAAUCCGCCAAUCGACAAGUCGGUGGGUUGGGUUCAUUUGUAAACUUCUUGGUUGCUAGGCCAGCUAUUGUUUCGAGUAGAAAAAAAGUUUAA